AGCGGCGGUCUAUCGGGCACUACUGGCUCGACGGGGUCAUCAAUCGAGGCGGGCCUGAUGGGCGAGGCCACGCACCUCCAUGCGAUCCUCAGCGGCAUGGAGGGCGACGCGAACCCGUGCCUGAUCCCGUUCAUGCCGUCGAUCUCCAAGAGCACAUCCGAGCUGAAGAACACGAUCGACGGCCUCGCGAAGAAGAUCCAGGGCAAGUCCAUGUCUUAG